CUGACAUCACCUUUUAGGCAAACGCCAUAACAAAGCCUAAAAGCCAGCCCCACAGCAGCACUCCAUCCUCCCUUUUCUUUUUCUUCCUGGACGGAAAGAUCAUUCUCACCAUAAAAAUGGCGGAACGGGAGGAAUACUGGUAUCUCGAUCCUGAGAUUGAUGGAUCCAAAAUCACAGUUCCGGAACUGCGCAGCAUCUUACUGAAGCACGGCGUUACGUAUCCCUCCUCAGCCAAAAAACCUGCCCUCCUGGCUCUCUUUGAGGAGAACGUUCUCCCGCAGGCCGCAAAAUUGCAACGAGCACAGGCGCGCACCAAACGAUCCUCGCGCGGAAUCGAAGAUGUCCCUUCUAGUGCGGCGAGCACCACGACCGACGAAGCUGAAGACGAGACUUUGCUCGCACCGCCGCCCCCAUCAGCUAGGCGUACGUCCCGACGAACAAGGGCUGUUUCCGAAGAGGAGCCCAUACGAACAACCCGCAGCAGCAGGACGCCGUUGCGCACCGUUCCAACAAAGCAUGCGCGAGGGUCAGAUGCAGAGGUGGAAGAACAGCCAGCGGUGCGGCGCAAUCGGAAGAGUGCCACUCCUGCUGUGAAGCGCGAGCCUGUGGAAUCUGUGAUAGGCCGGCGGCAAGACGAGGACAGCCCCUUUACUCAGGAUAACCCGUUUCAGAGUGGCAGUUCUCCUGUGCCUGACACAGCUGCACGCGAACGUCGUCGCAGAACACUAGGGACAGAUCAAAAGGAAAGGAGGAGGAGCGACGCGUAUCGGAGAAAGACCUACCAACCCAAGGUUGAACAGCUGGAUCAAGGGAUCGUUGUCCCAACUCGCCGGACAUUUGACGUGCCGGUUUCUCGCAUGCCGAAGCAGGAGCCAGUCGAAGAAUCGGAUGGUGUAGAAGCCGGCGAGGAAUUUACUCCCGAAGAGCAGUUGGAAUUGGUGCGAGAACGUGCGAGGGCUGGAGAGGUCGACAUUCUCCCUCCCCGGCGUCGCAAACAAAGAGCCAAGGCGACUGGAACAUUGAAGGCCUUUUCACUGACUCUCCUUGGGACCGCUGCUGCACUGUUAGGAGGCGUUUGGCGACAAGAAAAACUGGCUGUUGGUUUCUGUGGCAUUGGGCGCGAAUCGACGUCACUCGCCGGUGUUGAGGUCCCAGAGUGGGCAAGUGACAUUAUUCCACAGUGCGAGCCUUGCCCGCCGCAUGCAACAUGCUAUCAGAACCUAGAGCUUGUCUGCGAUAAGGAUUUUGUCAAAAAAGACCAUCCGCUCUCCCUGGGCGGUUUGAUCCCGCUACCUGCCACGUGCGAACCUGAUACUGAGAAGACGCGGCGGAUCGGCGUGGUUGCAAAUCGAGCUGUGCAGCUGUUGAGGGAGCGCAAUGCAAAGUACGAGUGCGGGGAGACGGAUGCCGAGGGGAAUCUUGUUGAGAGCCCACAGAUCUCUGAAGGAGACUUGAAGAAGGAGUUGUCUUCUAUGAAGCGGAAAGGGAUGUCACAGGAAGAGUUUGAUGAUUUGUUCGAGAGUGCUAUUGGCGAGGUCGUGCGUCGGGACGAGACUAUCGAGAGUAGCGACGGAAACUCCAAUGGGCGCAGACUCGCUUCAAACUCCCUCGCCAACCUCCCCCUCGGAUGCAGCAUCAAGCGAUCCCUCAGACACGCUCUUGAACGAUAUCUUUGGCAGCUUGCUGUAAUCAUCGUCAUCCUUACCUCAGGAGCGUACGGACGCUACUCCAUAACCUCAAACAGGGCCAUGGAAACCCGUGCCAAGCAGCUUGCCGGCGAUGUCUUUGAUCGGCUUGCCAACCAAGCUGCUCUCCAUCGUGGAGACCCUGGCCGUUAUCCGGAGCAGGGCAUGAGCAUGACGCACUUGCGGGACGACGUCCUCCGCAACGAGUUCUCAAGCGCGCGGAGGCAUCAGUUAUGGGCGAGGGUGCAAAAGAAAGUGGAGCACAAUUCUAACAUAAGAGCGGCAGUAAGAGAAACCCAUAGCGGUGAUGUGGCGCGCAUGUGGGAAUGGGUUGGGCCUGUUCAGCUCCUGGAAGACGGACGCGGGAGUGAGCGGCGAGAGAGUGGUCGAUACAGUUACGGAACUGCGAUUGCGAGCAGUCCGCCAGACAACAGUAGUAUUGCUUACAUAAUAUUCAGCCGAGCAUCCCACAAACGAACCCACCUGAAUUUGACGACCGGGACCGCGACAAAAUCCACAUCACGACCACCCUUCGCGCUUUCUAACCCUCACAGCGAAAUCAGUCACAAUGGUAAGUGCAAAAGUUCUUACGGCUGUGGGAAUCAAUUCUCGGCCUGCGACAUGGAUGAGCGAGGGCCGACAGCGACCACGAACGAGUUCGAUACGACCGCAUUCUGCAACGACACGAUACUCCGGCCGAACAAGACGAUCAAUUGGCGAACUAUGGCGAAUUCAGUCAAAAUUUGGUGCAUGGGACUGUGGCAUGGCGGGUACCGGACAGGAAUGUAUGGUGAUGGACGUACAAACGGCUCUCGCAUCACAAGGUGCUUGGAUGAUGGAGGAACGGUGAUGACAGAUCGGAAGACCACGACGAGCAAACAUGCCCUACUUACUGGCGAUGCUGUUCCUUUAAUACGGCCGCUACGGCUCUGGAGAGAUUCGGCACAGGAACAGGUCAACGUACCGAAGACCCGCCGCACCUACUGCAAGGGCAAGGACUGCAAGAAGCACACCCAGCACAAGGUCACCCAGUACAAGGCCGGCAAGGCUUCGCUGUUCGCUCAGGGAAAGCGUCGUUAUGACCGCAAGCAAAGCGGUUAUGGUGGUCAGACCAAGCCCGUAUUCCACAAGAGGGCGAAGACUACCAAGAAGGUCGUGCUCCGGCUAGAGUGUACACAGUGCAAGUCAUUUCUGGCGGAUAGGGCUGGGCAUUCAGAAUCAUUCACACACACGGACGGCGAAGCGAGGAUAGCGGGGAAAAGAAAGAGGAUGCCGGUCACGAUUAUGGGCUGUACCCUACAUAUGCAUCAAAUGGAACUCGGUUGA